AUGCCUUUAAAAUCUAUGAAGGGGCAAGUAGUCUCAGAUUUUAUAGUGGAUCACGCAGUGGUCGAAACUCCUCAACUCCUAGUUGAGUUGAAACCUUGGAGAUUAUUCUUCGAUGGUUCCACCCAUAAAGAUGGUAGUGGAGUUGGGAUUCUACUAAUUUCUCUUGAUGGAAUUCCAACAAAACUCAAGUAUAGAAUCGAAGGACCCUCAUGCUCAAACAACGAGGCAGACUGUGAAGCCUUAAUAGCAGGACUUGAAGCCUUGUUGGAAUUGGGGGCAACUAGGGUCAAAAUUAAGGGUGACUCAGAAUUCGUAAUCAAACAAUUGACGAAGGAAUAUAAGUGCAUCAAGGAGAACUUGAUCAUGUAUUUCGUCAUUGCAAAUAGGUUGCUUAAAUUUUUUGAAUAUGUAGACAUAAAGCAUGUCCCUAGAAUUAAAAAUCAGGAGGCAAAUGAUUUAGCACAAAUAGCUUCAGGAUAUAAGAUCUCAAAGGAGAAGUUGGAAGAAUUGGUCGAAGUAAGAGGAAAAGCAAUGGCAACAAAAUUGUCUCUAAGUGACUUAGAAAGAAAUCGUUUAGGUUACGCUAACGAAGAAGAAUUCGAAGUGUUGGCUAUUGAUGCUUUAACAAGCACAGAUUGGAGAACUCCAAUUAUAGAGUAUCUUAAAGAUCCUUCGUUGAACACAUACAGAAAAAUCAAGUAUAGAGCUUUGUCGUACGUUUUGAUGGGUAACGAGUUAUUUGAGAAAACUCCUGAAGGCAUCUUAUUAAAAUGUUUGGGUGAGAAUGAGGCGUACUUGGCAUUAUCUAGUGUUCAUAGUGGAACAUGUGGGGCACAUCAAGCAGGCCAUAGAAUGAAAUGGUUGCUUUUCAGGUACGGGAUGUAUUGGCCUACCAUGCUAAAGGAUUGUAUAGAAUUCGCUAAAGGCUGUCAAGAAUGUCAAAUACAUGCAGGAAUCCAACAUGCUCCUGCAAAUCAAGGAUCAGUAUUUACUGGUCAAAAGAAGCAAGAAUUCUCAAAAGAAAUGGGAUUCAAGUUGUUAACAUCCACACCUUACAAUGCUCAAGCAAAUGGACAAGUCGAAGCAGCAAACAAAGUAAUCAUUGGUUUGAUAAAGAAGCAUGUAGAAACAAAGCCAAAAAGUUGGCAUAAGACACUAGAUCAAGUGCUUUGGGCUUGCCGAACCUCUCCUAAAGAAGAAACAAAUAGUACACCUUUCCAGUUAACAAUUAGACAUGAUGCAGGCUUACUUGUUGAAAUCUACUUGCAAUCAGUACGGAUACAAAAUCAAGGAGAAAUCCCAUAUAAUCUAUACUGGGAGAUGAUGAUGAAUGAGUUGAUAGAAUUAGACGAAGAAAGGUUGCACGUGUUAGAAGUCUUGAGGAGGCAGAAGGAGAGAGUAGAAAGAGCAUCUAAGAAAAGGUCAAAGGUAAAACUUUUGUUAUAA